UAUGCCUUCAUGUCUACACGGACAACAAUAACGACCGGACAUUCACUGCGCUUCCGUUGCCCAUGACACCGGAACGAAGUUCUGACAGCUGAUUUUCCAAUCAGUUCAUAUCCACUCGGAGCCCCUAAAUAAAAUAUUUUUGCAGGUUUUUCCAGUCGAAGGUGUCUCCUCUAACAUCCGGCUGGAGCCGCAGGCUGCCGUUGACGUGAACAGAGGAGGGCGGUUGAUUAUGGUGUAGCACGGAGCGCUAGCUCUGACACAGCAGGCAUUUGAGCAGCAGUGCAGCACAGUGCAGCGUGGGGCAGACCGAGGCGGAUCACAGCAGUGUUGCCAUGCUUACGUUAGCCAGUAAGCUGAAGAGGGAUGAUGGAGGGAAGACGGGCCGUGCCUCUGGAGCCUCCGACUCCACCCACAGGGUCUCCAUCAGGGACCGCCUCCUAACCAAAGAAGUUGCAGAACUUGAAGCCAAUCUCCCUAGUACAUGCAAAGCCAAUUUCCCAGAUGAGGACAAGCUGCAUCAUUUUCAGCUGGCAGUUUCUCCUGAUGAAGGUUACUACCAAAGUGGAAGGUUUCAAUUUGAAAUAGAUGUCCCAGAAGCCUAUAACAUGGUGCCUCCUAAAGUGAGAUGUCUGACCAGAAUAUGGCAUCCUAACAUCACAGAGAAUGGAGAGAUCUGUUUGAGCUUAUUGCGGGAACACUCUAUCGAUGGUACAGGCUGGGCCCCCACUAGAACAUUAAAGGACGUGGUCUGGGGAUUGAACUCCUUGUUUACUGACCUGUUGAACUUUGAUGACCCAUUGAACAUCGAUGCAGCAGAACAUCAUUUGAGAGACAAGGAGGAUUUUCGAAAUAAGGUUCAAGAUUACAUCAAGCACUACGCCAGAUGAUAGACGCAUCGGCUACCUACAUCAGCCUGCACCAACCAACCAAACUGCUCUACCUUGCCUCUGCUUAUCUUGGCCAACUCCACCCCCUCUACAUGUGUGAAUCAACAGCUCACUCUAUGACUCUUGCCACUCCCCUCCUCCUGAUGACGACGACACCGCCCCACUCAUGACCUGCUGCUCAACAGGGUUGCAAUAAACUCCAUGUUGCAGGAACAAAAUAAAUUAAAAAAAAAAAAAAACGUGUUUGAGGAAGGGCUUGCAUACAAAAGAAAAAUAUGCUUUAAUUAUCCUAAUCGAUUGAGUGUUGCAACGACCACGAUGUCUGUUCAUUGUGGUGAGAUCGCCAAAUGACGCUGCCACGCCGAGCCUGUUGGAAAACGAGCCAUGGCAACGACAUGGCGAGGGGAUUAGAUGCGAUGACUCACCGGCGCAAAAAACAAAACAAAAGGAAAAAAAAAAAGAUAAAUCAAUGAAGUCACAUUCAGCUGUAUGACGAAUCAAGAGAAAGAAUAUAUGUUACUAUCAGUUCUCUGUUCCAGUGCCUGCCAUGUUCGCAUCGCUAAAGAGAAAAUGCAUGUGAGUUCAUAAACAUAUACACACAUAGAGACACACACACACAGACACACACACACUAGUAAAAGGUGAACACAAACACACAGCCCCACUAGACAGCAUGUGAAUGACCACAUUGUCCCAUUCUGUUGUCAUUCUCCUUGCAUGUACACAAACAUACACACACAUACACAAAACUCACAGCCACCGUGUGUGUUUUCAGCUCCAGUGGGAUAAAAUAGGACAACUAAAAAAAAAAAAAAAUACCCACAGCCAAAUGUAUUGUACUGUUCUCAUCUCUGUGGCCCUGCUCUUCCUCCUCUCACUGUCCAUCUCUGUCCUCCCGUCAUCUGUCUCUGCGUUUCACACACACAAACACACGCACAUCAUCCCACUGAGGAUGGAGCAGUUCAUUCACUCUGACUGUGCCAUCAGAAAGUGGCGCCUUCACUUUGUACUUCUGCACAAUUGGCUUAAAAUGAAGCAGUGACGACGAGUUUACGUCCAGUAGAUAGAGCGUAGGAAUUUUGGCUCCUUGUGAUUUAACUUGAAGAGACUGUAAUUGAUAUCUUUAUUAUGAAAGAGUAUCAAAUGACUGUGAAAAACAAAGUGACAAAUAAUGUGAAAAAGGAGUUUUAUCACAUGAAUCUGCAGCUUCCUUCAGCUUUUACGAAGCGAAUGAGUUUCAGCUCGUUCUUUAGCCGUCUGGCCACAACUUUACUGUUCUGGUGAACAGUCAAUGCUCUCAUGGUGUCGUUUUCAGUGCAGUAGCUGCAAAACACUCACUGUAAAAUGCUUGCUCAACACCAAAGAGCUGACAGCACAGUUCGUGAUUAGCUGGUAAACCUAGCGGAGAACGCAGCAGCUCAAGAGCCAGAUAAUUCCCAUUUCUGAGCUGGUGGAGACCAAAAACAGAGUUAAAAGCACUAAAAGGAAGAGUUAACAAUUCCUCAUUCAGGAUCAUUAUCCAAAAUGUGGGAUUAUUACAAAGUCCUACACUGAAAGGGAACACCAUUAAAAACCUUGAAAGCUCAAAGUCAGUGCUUUAACCUCACAGUCAUUGUUUCAUUUUUAAGCUCAUUGUGCUGCAGUACUUUCAAUCUCUCUUUCCCUCUUUGUGCACAUGGACUGUAUGUUUUGAGUCUGGAUGUGUUUGGGAAAGUCAACAGCAGAGGCUCAUAAAAGCACUCAGAAAAAGCUAACAAGUGAGCUUUAAAAGUUAACUAGCUUGUGAGAAACGGGAGACACACUAACAAGUAAGUUUUUAAAGUUAAUUAGGAAGUGAGUUACAGGUAACCGUUAACAAGUGAGCUUAACAAGCUACAGGUAGCACACUAACAAGUGCGCUUCAAAGGCUAAUUAACUAUAGAGGUACAGCUUACACACUAAUAAGUGAGCUUACUGACUAGCUAGUUAGCCAGCUAACGAGUGUGUGUUAGUGCCAGGGCCUUUUUCUUUUCAUGAAUCAUGUGUGCUUCUUGACAUCCUUUCAGUGUAGAAGGCUAACCUACAGUAGGCUAAUCAAGGCUAGGUUGAUACAAAGGUUGCUGCCCUUCAUGCACAACAUGAGGAUGCAUGCUUAGACAUGCUAGGAUUGCACCAAAAAGUCCUUUUUUCCCCCCUUUUUUUAAUCCCAUCAUUGUAAACAAACAGUCAUGAACAGGGUUGGGGGAAAAUGCUGCCUCAGGGUCAUACUCCAAACAAAUAGGGGGCAGUGUAUCACCAGACUAACUGCUACCUGCUGCUAACUGUAGCUGGCCUGAGAUUGUUAGCUCAUUUAGCUGUGCAGCCAGCAGUCCAAACUGGGAAUGGUACUAUAAUAAAGGAAUGGCCAGGGCUAGAAGGUUGGCAUUCUAUAUAUCAACCCAAUACAAAGUUGUCUUUGAUAUAACAUCCAUUCUGUUUUUAGACUUUUUGAAUGUUUUAAACUAAAAUGCAAACAUAUUGCACCCUAUAGAUAAGGGGCUGGGGUGAGCUUUAAAGGGAUCGCUGUGAUUGGAUAGUGGAUUAGCUUGCUUGCUGCAAUGCUCGUUAGCUCACUUGCUAGCUAGUUAACCUGCUAGUGAACUUGUGUAGGCACUGCUGAGUUGAAAACAGAUGAGUAGAUGCACUUUUCUGUAAAAGCUAAACUGAUAACCUCAAACUGUCCUCAUGAACCUCUGUUGCUGCUGAUAUUUUGGCCAUGACAUGCAUCCUCCUCAUUUUGUGUUUGUGUUUGUAAGAGAAAGAAAGAGAGACUGUCACUCAGUGGUGUGGCGUGCACAUGUCCGUGUGUGUGUCUGUGUGUUUCACUCAAACCCCGGCUGGCGUUGUGCCUCCAGUUUGAGUCGUAUCUCUGAGCAUUAAGACUGUUCUCACUCCAUUCAGCUUUGUGUUCACAUGUCUGCAUGAGGCAAAGUCUGCGUGAUCUGCCACUGGUGCAUUUUACCAAGGAUGUCAGAAAUGUCAAAGAUUGCAAUUUUACGUUGGGUAUGUGUGUGUAUACGUACGUGUGUGUGUGUGUGUGUGUGUGUAAAGGUUGACAUUUUGUGUUUGUUGAGAGUGCACAUGUGUGUGAGCGCAUGUGUGUGGGCAGUUACAGUAUGUUGAAAAUGAUGUGACCUGUUAGCAUGCCCUGGUUCCCUCUUUUCUUUUAGGUAUUCUGGCCCAGGGUUCAACAGCUCAAUGUUUUUUUUUUCCUUUUUUUUUCCCCCAGCAAAAGUAAACAGAGUGACAGACGACAUUGUUUUGCCAAAAUAAAGGACCUGAGGAUAUGACAAUCAGCAGGUUCUUAGAAAGCAAAAUUGAAUGUGGGCAAAGGCUAUUGUAACCGCCUGUUAACAUAAAGCCAUUCUGUGUAAUCGCCCAGUAUGGCCCAAUACUCUACUUAAUCUUAGCCUUAUAAUACUCAGACUUUAGCUUCCUGUUGGAAACCUCGUCAUACGUCCUUUAAUUUGGCAGUUGGCAGUGCUUUUAUCCCAGGAUGUCAUUGGGCUAACUCCAUGUUUGGGCCAGGGGAGGAAAAUUAACAGCCUGUUUUUCAAAUCCUCA